AUGAAAGAGUUUGAAAACUUUGAUAUUAUAAAAAAAAAGUUUACCCCAUUACUUUAUAUAUUUAAAAGAGAAGAGGAAAAUGAGUUAAAAAGGAAUAUAAAAAAAAAACCAUUACUUCAUUUAAUAAAUAGUUAUAAAAAUAACACCAGAAAUGGGCGUUUAACAAAUCCAAACAAUACCUCAUUCAUUUUUAUGAAGAAUAGAUCACUUGAUAGUUUACAAAAGCCAUUUUUUAUCUUUAAUAAAUAUUAUCAUAAUAGUAUAUUUCAACGACGAAGAUUUUUUAGUACUUUCGAAACAAGUAAAAAUAUGGAAUGUUUAUAUAAUAACAAUGACGCUUUAAAUACAUCGAUUUUAAGCUCAAAAUAUCAUAACGAUUGCAUAAAUAAUAACGUUGUUAGUCAGUUAAAUGAUGCUGAACUCGGUAUUGAAGAAUAUGCAGACGAAUAUGUAAUAGUAAACAAAGUAUAUACUUUUAUUAAUGAGGAAUCUGACAUAUAUAUGUAUAUUUAUUAG